UACUAUGGCCAACGACACGAAACAAAGCAUGCAAGGUUUCGGCACACGCGCCAUUCAUGCUGGUCAAGAACCAGAUCCUGCGACUGGCGCCGUCAUUCCACCAAUCUCGUUGUCAACAACAUUUACUCAACCCGCUGCUGAAGUUAUUCAGGGCUUUGAUUACACACGAGCUGGGAAUCCGAAUCGAAAUGCGUUUGAAACAGCCAUAGCAUCACUUGAAGGAGCCGAGUAUGCAUCUGCGUUCUCAUCCGGUACUGCAGUGACCUCUGCUGUACUAAGCAUAUUGCCCGCUGGGUCGCAUCUGAUUGCUUCGGAUGCACUGUAUGGCGGUACAUAUGAGUCUUUUGCAAAAAUUGCUUCCAAGCAUGGAAUAGAAACAACCAUUGCCGACCUGCGUAAUCCACAUGAUAUCGCUGGAUUGUUUAAACCUAAUACCAAGAUGGUAUGGAUUGAGACACCCAGCAAUCCAACGCUACGUAUCGUUGAUAUCCAAGCGAUUGCGCAACACAUCCAUCAACACAACAAGGAUGCCUUUUUGGUGGUCGAUAACACCUUUAUGACUCCAUACUUUCAGAAUCCGUUGCAACUUGGAGCCGAUGUCGUGAUGCAUUCAGUGACCAAGUACAUUAACGGCCACUCGGAUGUUCUGAUGGGCGUUGCAGUGACCAACAGUCCCGCUCUACACAAAGAGUUCCAAUACGUCCAAGACUGUAUGGGGGGCGUCCCAUCUCCCUUUGAUUGCUAUCUGGCACGCCGCGGACUCAUGACUUUGGAAGUACGUAUGGAUCGCCAUGAACAAAAUGCGAUCCAGUUGGCCGAAUAUCUGGUAAAUCAUCCGCAGGUCACUGCAGUGUAUUAUCCAGGUCUGGAAUCGCAUCCACAGCACGCAUUGGUGCGCAGACAACAAAAAGGAUACGGCGCCAUGGUUUCGUUUGAUAUCAAGGGCAACCUGGACAACGUCAAUCGGUUCUACAAGCAUUUGAAGAUGGCCAAACUCGCAACGUCGUUGGGUGGUGCCGAGUCGUUGGUGUCGUCCCCUGUCUACAUGAGCCAUGGACAUGUGCCGCCAGCUUUGAGAGCGUCGCUCGGAAUCACAGAGACUUUGAUCCGCGCGUCUGUGGGCAUAGAGAAUGUCGAGGAUAUAAUUGCGGAUUUCAAGCAAGCACUCGACAACGCUUAUUUGAAAGCCUAGCCUUUGGGAAUCAUACAGAUGCACACCCUUAUUCGUCGCUUUUCCCUUGAUCAUGACUCCGGAAGGAUAUCUAAUAAAAGAACAAUUUUGACAUCAGUGAUUUGAAUACAGUGAUGCACAUGUGCACUUCCUCCCCCCCCUUCUUUCUUCUUCUUCUUCUCCCACGCCAUUGUUCUCACUCUUUUCUUGGUACCCCACCCUGAGUUGUGGUUUGUCACUGAUCACAUGUUUGCUGGCAUGUCUACUUGUUUGUGUGUAUGUGUGUUUUUUUUCCUUUAAGAAUUCUG